CAGACCGGUAAAGAUGAAGAUACAAUACCCGACAACCGUGAGUCGAAUAAGAAAACAGAGCUUUCCUCCCUCCAUACCCCUAAUUCUCCUUCUCCUUCUCUCCAAAGCUAAAACAACUACAGGCGGGCUUGGCAACCCUAACCCCCAGGACAUCCAGAAACUCCUCAAACAACACACACCUUGCAAUUGCGCUGGCGGAUAUAUCACCCAAGUUCCCACGGAUAAAGUCAGUGGCCCCAUCUCCUGUACAGGGAGCGUUAUGGCAUAUCUUAAAAAAGACAGCAAAUAUUAUUGCAUUAAGCCGCCCGAGUUUGCCGCCCCUGGUGUUAAACAGUCCACUUGUGUCUGCAAUGUUACAAAACAAACGGUCGAUGUAUCGUGCUAUAGCCAUGUUUCUUAUUGCAAUAAUACCAGCAUGUUUCAAGCUGUCAUUACCAAAACGACCACAGGGGGUUCUUCAUCUACUUCUAUCCGACUCCCCUGCACAAACAAAGACGUAGGCAAAACCGUCUGUUGGCCAGUUCAUGGUACACCCCAUGUCUCUGAUGGAGGUGGCCCACAAGACGAAGUAAAAUUAGAAAAGGUCAAAAAAUUAUUACAACAUUUCACCCCAAAAUUCGUCUACCAUCCCAUUGUUCUUCCCAAACCAAAAACCCAACAUCUCGAUACUAACACCCUCAAUCUACUUGAACUUACUCAUAAACUACUUAACGCCACGAACCCAUCCCUAGCUGCAGAUUGCUGGCUUUGCCUCUCCCAAGACCCUAUGCCUUAUGCUUUCCCUUUCAAUUUCUCCCAAAACUUCUCCUUCGCUGAGAAUUGUCAAGCGUUCUUACCCCUCUUGGUACAACCAAUAUUGUUUAGUAACACAACUUGCUUCCUCUCUUACAACACCGAGGACUCCACGGACAAUUCCACAGCAUCGUUAGGCUUCGUCACCUUUGCUAACUGUGAUACGUAUCUUAACAUUUCUGAUUAUUCCCAAAACUUUAGUGAGCCUAAUACAAAUCUUACUUGUCCCCCAAAUAACACUGUUUUCCUUUGCGGUUCUAACAGGGCAUAUACAGCUAUCCCCAAAACAUGGACUGGUUCCUGCACCCUUGCCUUUAUUCUCCCACAGGUCAACGUCAUCAAUGGCACGGAACCUGUUCCAGUCCCCACGUUUGAUUAUAUCGCUGGCAGGUCUAAAAGAGCUAUUCAACUCUUACCCACUUUUGCCACACUAGGGUUCAUGGCUGCAGCCGCUACUGGAUCUGCGGGACUGGGGUAUUCCUUACAGCUUAAGCAAGUCACCGAAGGACUCAUCUCAGAUCUCCAACAGGUGGCCUCUACACUGACCCUCUUACAGGACCAGAUAGACUCCCUUGCGGAGGUGGUUCUCCAGAAUAGGAGAGGUUUGGACCUCCUAUUGGCAGAACAGGGAGGGCUUUGUCUUGCCUUACAGGAACGCUGUUGUUUCUACACAAACCGCUCAGGCCUGGUCCGGAACAAAAUCGAAGACCUCCAGAAAACUCUAGAAAACCGUAGAAAACAACUGGCUGAAAAUCCUCUGCUUACCAUCUGGAAUGGACUUUUGCCCAUUCUUCUCCCCAUUCUCGGGCCCAUAGUCGGACUUCUGUUCGCCUGUGCCCUCGGCCCUGUGCUUUUCCAAAAACUUAAAAUGUUCAUUAGACAACAGGUCACAUCCCUCUUUUCACGCACUAUACAGAUCCACUAUGCUAGACUUGAAAUGCAAGAUUUCUCUUAAUCACAUUAUACUCUUGAUUUCCAUCCACACUGCCACGUCCCAUCAAGCGACAUGGUGACACCCAGUGCAUGUUAUUUCUGUUACACCACUCCAUCGACCCCCAAACCUUGGCAAGAUGACAGCUAAGACUGCACUUAAGGCCCCGAUGGGAUUCCCUUAAGGAGAGUAUGAACAACUGCAUAUGGG